AUGUCUCAGCUUGCGCACAACAUCGGACUUUCCAUAUUUGAUCCACUUCCUAACUAUCGUGCGAACCGUAUUGUAUGCACGAUUGGUCCCAGCACACAAAGUGUUGAGGCUUUGAAGGGUCUUAUGAAAAGUGGUAUGUCUGUGGCGCGAAUGAAUUUUUCCCAUGGAAGCCACGAAUACCAUCAAACAACGAUCAACAACGUACGCACUGCGGCAGCAGAACUUGGAAUGCAUAUUGGUAUUGCACUUGAUACAAAGGGACCUGAAAUUCGAACUGGACUUUUUGUGGGGGGUGAGGCUAUAUUGAUGACAGGUGACACUGUCUUGGUAACAACAGAUCCUGCCUUUGAAAAAACUGGGACAAAAGAAAAAUUUUACAUUGACUAUCCUCGUCUUGCUACAACUGUCAGACCGGGUGGAUCCAUUUACAUUGAUGAUGGAGUUUUAAAUCUUAAGGUAAUAAGUAAAGAAGAUGAUUGUACCUUGAAAUGUUAUGUGAAUAAUGGACACCGAUUGACAGAUCGUAAAGGUUGUAAUUUGCCUGGAUGUGAAGUCGACCUUCCAGCAGUAUCAGCUAAAGAUCGUGAGGAUCUUAAGUUUGGCGUGGAACAAGGUGUUGAUAUGAUAUUUGCUUCUUUUAUACGUACAGCAGAACAAGUGCGGGAAGUUCGUGCAACUCUUGGUGAACAGGGUAAGGAGACAUUAAUUAUAUCUAAAAUUGAAAAUCAUCAAGGUGUUCAGAAUAUUGAUGCUAUUAUUGAUGCAAGUGAUGGUAUCAUGGUGGCCCGUGGUGAUCUCGGUGUGGAAAUUCCAGCAGAAAAAGUUGUGGUGGCACAAAUGACUUUAAUAAGCAAGUGUAAUGUGGCGGGAAAACCCGUAAUUUGUGCCACACAAAUGUUGGAAAGUAUGACGACAAAUCCUCGACCAACACGUGCAGAAGUAUCAGAUGUUGCCAAUGCUGUUUUUAACGGUGCCGAUUGUGUGAUGCUUUCUGGUGAAACGGCAAAAGGACAUUAUCCUAAUGAAGUGGUACAGUACAUGGCCCGUAUUUGUGUCGUGGCACAAAGUGCUACUAAUCAAUAUGUGAUGUUUAAUAGCAUCAAAAGCAUGCAGAAACUGCCAAUGUCUCCUGAAGAGGCAGUUUGCAGUAGUGCUGUAAAUUCUGUAUAUGAAGUGGAAGCUAAGGCCUUACUCGUUUUGAGUAAUUCUGGUCGUAGCGCUCGACUCGCAAGCAAGUAUCGUCCAAACUGCCCUAUUAUUUGUGCUACUACUCGCAUGCGAACAUGUCGACAAUUGAAUAUUACUCAAUCUGUUGAGAGUGUCUUUUAUGAUGCUGAACGAUAUGGUCCAGAUGAUGAUAAAGAGAACCGUGUUCAACUCGGUGUGGAAUUUGCAAAGAAAAAGGGUUACGUCGUCCCAGGUGAUGUAAUGGUGGUCGUGCACGCAGAUCAUAAGGUAAAAGGAUACCCUAAUCAAACCCGUAUCAUUUACGUAAGCUAA